AUGACCUCCAAGAGGUUACCCGCGGACACUUGUGGUAGGCCGUUUUACAAAAUAGUGGUUGUGGGUGAUGGAGGUGUUGGAAAGUCUGCACUAACAAUCCAGUACUUCCAACGAAUGUUUCUCGAAGAACACGAUCCUACUAUUGAGGACUCAUACAUCCAGAAUGAUGAGAUCGAUAAUGAGUGGUGUAUAUUGGAUGUUCUAGAUACCGCGGGACAGGAAGAGUUUAGUGCAAUGCGAGAGCAGUAUAUGCGUAAAGGUCAAGGAUUUAUUAUUGUGUACUCAGUGACAGAUCCUCAGAGUUUUCAUGAAGUUCGACGAUUCUACACGCAAAUUUUGCGAUGUAAAGACUGUGAUUCUUAUCCUAUGAUAUUGGCUGCAAAUAAGAUUGAUUUGGUUCAACAACGCAAAGUUUCAGAAGAGGAGGGUCAACGUCUAGCAGAUGAUCUUAAAGUUCCUUACAUUGAAACAAGUGCUAAAGAUCCUCCAGUUAAUGUGGACAAAAUGUUUCAUGAUAUGGUACGAAUUAUCAGACGACAACCACCUCCUCCACCGUUAACAUCUAAAGGUGAUCGUAAAAAAGUUCGUUGUUUAUUAUUAUAA